CUUGUGAAAAAUCUCGGUUUACUUGAAUAGAUUAAUGCUAAUAUUUCAAGAACUGACGACGAAGAAAUGUCUGAUUUCAAUUCUCAAAUUCGGAUGAUCAAUUUAAAGCUGCUUAGGGCGCAAGUGAGUAUCAGCCGGGCGUUAUCAGGGGAUGAGCCAUAAAAGCAGCAUUAAGUAGAUAAGAAUAACUUGAUUAGUGAUGAGCGAUGGGAUGCGCUCUCCCGGGAAAGAUUAUUCGUUGACUGGUCGUGGUUCAGAAUGGAUUUCGUUUGGGUUCUUCUUGUUGCCGUUGUGAUAUCAACACAGGAUUCAGCAGCGAAAGUGAAUGAAAAUCUAACGAAAAUAACAUGGGCACACGCUGUAAAUGAUGCAGAAUACCUGACUCGAGUGCUGGACAGCGAUAUACAGUUCAUAGAAGCGGAUAUCUCGUUGGGGUUUCUGAAAGAAGAUGCGAAUCAGGAAAAUGAGAUCCCCAUUAUGGCUCAUCCUCCGGCCACAGUGUCAGACAUAUCUCUUGAAACAUUCCUAAAACGGAUUCUUCAGUACAAUCAGCAAACCGCCAAGGCGAAGGGUAUCAAGCUGGACUUUAAAUCGAUCGGAGCCUUCGAACGUUCGAUUGAUAUAAUACGUAGUAGCUAUGAUAUGGGCAAGUUCAACACAUGGAUCAACGCGGACAUCCUACCAGGUCCCGUAGACAAUACCGCCACCGUACCCGUUGAUCCUGCACGAUUCUUCGCAGCUGCCAAACGGUUAGGGAAAGCGACGCUCUCGAUCGGAUGGACCACGCGGUGGGGAGCGGAUUUCUCCGAAGGAUCAUACACUGAGCAGCAAGUUGAUGCCAUGUCCUCAGCAAUCUAUGCCAACGGUAUCGAUAAGGCAGGCAAUGCGAUAACGUUCCCUGUAAGAGCAGGUAUUGUGGCGCACAGUAUCACACGUAUGGUUCGUCUAUUUUGUACCUUAAAAGAUACCAACAAUGUAACGUUUACGAUCUGGUCAAGUGAAAAUGAUUUCGUAGACGUAGAAAGGCUUCGCGAGUUUAUCUUCACCGUAGGACUCGAUCGUACCUAUGUCGAUGUACCGGAAGCACUGCAUCGCGCCUUGAGACUGGAUGAAAAUGCGUUUGCAAACACCUGCAAGAAAACACUCGAUGCGAGAUGUUUCGAGUGAGAUGUUUCGUGAUUCGCCAAAUAAAUCCUGCUAGUAAUGAAGGCUUUAAACCACAUUUUCGUAUUUAGUAGUACCGAAGCCGAUGGCAAACG